AUGUCAUCUGAUCCCCUCGAUGACGUCUUCACCCUUGAAGACCGUUUCUACUCUCAAGGCUACAACCAAGGCGUCGAAGAUGGUGCCCGCGCAGGAAGAAUAGAAGGGCGCUCAUUCGGCAUGGAAAAGGGCUUCGAAAAGUUCCUCGAGAGCGGCCGCCUCGCCGGCAAGACUCUCGUCUGGGCAAACAGACUCCCCAAGAACACAGCCCAGCAGGCCAACUCUUCGGAAAAGAGCUCAGAAACAUGCACGCUGCCGCCACUACCGAGCAAUCCACGGCUGGAAAAGAAUGUUAAGCUCGCGUAUGCUUUGGUCGAGCCAGAAACGCUAUCUACGGACAACAGCGAUGAAGCUGUGCAGGAUUUCGAUGAUCGGGUCAAGAGGGCGCAGGGCAAGGUCAAGAUUAUUGAGAGAAUGUUGAACUGA